AGACUUACCGCACGCACACUCUCCUCCUCUCUCUAACCUUUUUGCUGUAAUCUCGCUUUACUGGUCCCGUCAAUUACCCUUUCGCUCACCAUCCCACCAUCCGCUGUCAGAUACUGUCCGAACGCUUGAACUAAGCCGUGACGGCAAAGGGAAGAGUAAAUGCCCGUGGCCUGAGGAACCCUUCCCCCACCGUCUUCUAACUUCCUGUUCCCCGUGCCUUCUCCCCCGGCCAACGUCCCCCCCCCCAAGUCCCAUAUACUCGAGUACAUCUAUAUAUAUAUAUAUACACACACACAUACCCUUCUCUCUUUUACCCUUCAACAUUUCCCUCCAGGUCAACCAUUUCCCCCCAACAGCAGAGCCCUCGUUGUGUAUCCUACCUAUUCCUCUUACAUAACUAUCCCCGUUGCCUCCCUACCUAACCCAUUCAUCCAUUCAUCUGGCAACCUAUAUCUUUUCGCCUCAUCCACAUCCUUUCCCUCCGUUGUCCCCUACCUCGUCCUCCAUAGCCAACACCGCCGUUGCCUCCGCCACUGCCGCGUUCGCACAUUAUUUUUGAUUCAAUCCACGUCGCUCUUGGAGUCUUCACCCUGAUUGAUUGAUCAACUUUGCACCGUUGCGUUGUUGCACUGAUACCUCCAGUUACCUGAACACCCACUCUCCCGGAAUACGAAACUUUCUGCAUCUCGGAAUAGUUUCUUCACCAACACUCUAUCCUAUCACCCCCGGCAUCCCUACAAGAUGGGGCGAAGAAAGAUUGAAAUCAAAGCGAUUAAAGACGAUCGAAACCGAUCAGUAACCUUCUUAAAGCGUAAAGGUGGUCUGUUCAAGAAGGCUCAUGAGCUUUCCGUGCUCUGCUCGGUAGAUGUUGCUGUCAUAAUAUUCGGUCACAACAAAAAAUUGUACGAAUUCUGCUCGGGCGAUAUUCGGGAGGUCAUCGGACGACACAGUUACUAUGAGGCUCCCCAUGAACACAAAGGUCCGGCCGAUUUUCAGGGAAAGAAGGAUGCUAUGGAUGAUGACGAUGACGAUAUGGAUAUUCCUUCUCGACCUGGCUCCCGGUCUUCUAACGACCAUCCCAUGCCUCACCCUCUCCAGUCGUUAGGGCAUAUGGGAAACCGUCAUUCGACAUCUGCAUCACCUCCGAUCCCUCCAUCCACCUUGAUGGGGGGGCAAGGAACCUAUAUGCAAGGUCGUGUCGGGACCCCACAGCCGAUGUCCAGGCCUUCUUCCCGCAACCAGCGACGGAAUAGUUCGAAUAUGGUGCCUCCAUCUACUUACGCUUCUUCGCAAGGCCCUCCAGCGCAGAAUGGCUUUCCUUACAUGCCCAGUGGGCCCGUCUUUACGCCUCAGCCGCAACCCGUGAUGCCUAUGCAGCAGGGGAACAUGAAUCAGAUGCCCGUGUAUCCUUACCCUCAAACGACGCAAGCCCAGGCUCAGGCUCAAGCCCAAGCCCAAGCAUACAUCAAUGAGACGAAUAGGAGACAAUCAAUGCCACCUACCUUCCCUUCUGAACGCCCUGUUCCAUCGUCUGAGAACUCACCUCCAAAUAGGCCGCUCGAUGAGCAAGUUGCGCCGGCGAUUGAAAAACGCGCUCCCGCCAAAUCACGAAGUAUGUUCACACCUAUCGGACCCAGUGAGUCCUUAUUGGCGCAGCAUUUCGGAUUUGGUCAAGAGCCCUCGCGGUCUCAUUCGGUAGAUGUUGGCUCCGUGGCUCGGUCAAGUAGUACAAGCGGCAUGAACAACGUUUCGGUAAAGUCAGAGAAGCAGUCUCCUAAGCCUGCUCCCGCUUCCGUACCUGCGCCGACAACAUCCAGUAACGCGAAUGGCCAACAACCAUCCGUGGAACCUGUCCCGCCUCCACCAUCCCGAACCAACAGCAUGGCAUCGAAUCCAGGGAAACCUGGUGUACGACCAAGGCUCAAAGUGCAAAUACCUAGCGAGCACUCUGAUGCUGGCGACGCCACUGCCGAGUCUUCGCCACGAGAAUCUGCGGGCACUACAACUGGUCAAUCGGUCAAGGGUGUUGGUGAAGGCAACCACCCGGUUGUACUUCCGCCACCUUCGCCCAGUGUCACGCUUCGGAGCGCAGGUGCCAGUGGUGGACCAGUCAAUCCAUUCGCACGACCACCUCCAGCUACAACUGGCGCGCCAUCAGAAACUCCCAUCUCUGCUCUACCAAGUCGAUUCUGCGAUAACGGAUUGUUACCUUCACCCUCCACAUUCUAUCAGGAUUGGGGCAUCGGUUUUGGAACAUCAGCAUCUCGUGCGGGCGGUAACUCGGAUAUGCUUCCCAGCCCGUUGAAUUUCCAGACACCCGUAGUGUCAACAGGUCGGAAUAUUUUUGGAGAGGACUCGGAUGUGAAUGGCAAGAGGAAGAGCCCGGGAUCGGACAAUUCGGAUGGCUCAGCACCGAAACGAGUCAAGACAUGAGAUUGGGCGGAGAGGCAGAGCUCAAAGACUUGCCCUGCUGGGGUUCAGGGUGAUAUCAGAUUCCAUUGUGGAUAGUUUAGUUUAAUAUUCGACCCCUACUUUCUUUGCUUCACACCCCGCCUUCGCCCUCUUCGGGAGACGUUGUCGCGGAGCAGAAUGUGGAUUAUGUUAUGUUUUCUACGUUGGGUGGAGAUCGGCGUUUAACCGUUUCGGAGUCCAAAAGGGAACGAGAAAAAGAAAAUUGACAUAAAUUUUUAUUUUAUUUGGGGUUUCUAUUUCGGAUCUCGUUUUGCAAUCUCAUUACCUUCUUUUUUGUAUUUUCACUUUCUUCUGGGCCGGGAUUCUGCCUUUCGUUUCUUGCAUCCUCUUUUCGCUUUUUCCUUCCCUCACCCAAUUUUUUCCGUCCAAGAUAAGAGGGACCUUUUCACUUUCUCACAUGGCAUUAUCUUAGGGUCUUCCAUGAGCAUUUUUUCCCCCUUCGUUUGGCUUUCUUCUACUCCAUUUUCGUUUUCUAUCCGCCCUUUUUUUUACUCACUUUGACACUUUAUGUUUGCGUGAUGCAUGCAUGCAUUGGCAUUCAUCUGUUUUUUAUUUCAUUUUCCCCUUUCUCCUUUCUUUUUUGCACGGGUUGGCUGAUUUUCUUCUCCUUGUUCCUUCUUUAUACUAUUUUGGUUGAUGGAUGGAUGGAUGGGUUGAUCAAGCUUUCCCAAUCUUUCUCAAGCUCUCUUUGUGCGCUCGAAGUCAUGAAAAAUUCGGCGUCGUAGUGUAUUAUAGCAUUUUCCGUUUUUU